UCGUAGACCGCCGCUACGGUGAGAUCUUGUGCAAGACGUCGACGACGGCCGUGUGGAAAACCGCGAACUCCCGACUUCCCGAUCCCGAAGAGAAAGGCCAUUGUGACCAACAAUACGACCAUAGGAAAAAAAACCUGUGUGGAAAUAAGUGCGCGAGCGGGCGUGUGUGUGUGAGUGAGCAACGGGUUCGUCGCUAUCGAUCGCGCAGUGCGUUGAAGUUCCCGUUUCUUUUUUGUUGUUUCGAAAGGGGGAAAUUUCUUUUUGCCUCCCGGGGUCGGACCCAAAACGUUUGCGAACGAAGUUGGUGUGCGUGCUUCCCGAACGACUUUUACUUGCGUAGGAAUUGCGUGUGAGGUUUCUGGGGCUUAUCGCGUUUCGGUUUGGUGGUUUUUUUGCCUGGUUUUGGAUGUGUAGAACACAGCUAGUGAAACAAUUAGCAUAGAUUUUUUUUUGCGUUUUCGGGAAGAUUUUGGUGAACUACUCUGUUGGAGCGUUACACAUGUGAAGUGCGUGCGAACGAAAAGAAGAGUUUAGUUGGAGCUGAAUGUUGAAGCGAGCGAAGGUGAAACAAAUUUGGAUUCAGGUGGCGUUCGAUAAAAUGGGCUUUUGUCUGUGAGCAGUUCUACUUUCGACGGUUUUCGCCUGGAGAUACGUGCCUUUCGUGUGGAUUAGAAACACCUCAAUGUCAAGAAAGGUGCAACCGUUUAUCUACGAGGGGAUCAACUGAAGAAAGUGUGUUUGAUCGUGUUCUGGUUCGUUAAAAUAACACAAUCUCGAGAAAAAAGGCUUUUGUCAGCACAAAAGAAGAGAGAGGGAGACCAAUUUUGUCUCGGCGAGUGGUAAAUUGGAGUUGGAAGUGAAACUAGUUACAAGGUGCAAGUGCCCGAACGGUAAUUGAAAGAUCUUGAACCGGAGUGAGUGCAAGAAGAACCUAUUGGUGUCAGGAUUGGUAACGGUCUGUCAGCAUCCACCGGAACGUGCCGUCGAAGCCACCUCCGGAACUAAUCCUCCCCGUUUCGGAAGACAAACAACCGAGUUCCAACAAAGUGUCGAUGUCCGCGCUGGACAAAAAAAUCUCUCUUGCUAACGGAUCAAGCGGUGGAUAUAGCAGCAGUAGGCAAAGCCGGAGUUGACAUAACCCAUUUUCCGCCCGUAUGCAAGUGUUGCAAAUGAUAGUUAAGCCAAACAAGAUUAAAGUGAAGUGAAUGUCCGUCUGUGUUUGCUGUGUAUGUGCAUCGGGAAAAAGGCAAACGAAUGAAAAAGUGUGCUAACCCCUAAGAGGAUUAAGGCUUGAAUCAAAACCCAACUUGGACGGUCUACGGAGGCGAGGCAACCCCUGAAAGAAAAGGAAAGUGGAGCGGAAAAUCCUUUAACCUUCCCUUGGAACGAAACGAACCGUUGGGGGAAAAUCGCAAUAUCAGUCAUUUUUUUGUACGAGCCGUGGAAAAGUGUGCAGUGUGACCAAAGAGAAAACUAGAGGCUGCUCUUUCGCAGCGUGAUUUGUCAAGAAUGUUUCGAGAGGGUUGAAAAUUUUGCUGUUAAGUGAAACCCCGACAAAGUUCAGUUUGAGUGAUUUUAUUUGAAACAAAGAAGAUUUUUGGAGUUUACAAGUGGAUAAGAGGAUGUUAUUGCAAACCUUAUUUAAGUAGCUGAUACAUUGAAAAGAGCUGUUGGCAUCAUUCGUUCGGAUUUUAUUUUCAACUUUGGGAAGCUGUUUUGUUACAUAAAAGCACAAACUGCAAAACGAGACGACCUCGAUGAUUGGGUGCACGUUCCUCACGUUAAUGGGAUAAAAGAUAUUAUCGAGGAAGAAUAGCAACGGGAAUAACGGUCUACAGAUCGAAUAAAGAAUGAAUCCGUCCGAUGGCGAAAGUUAGCCAUCUCCCAAUGAGACGCUACCCAACGACGGACCAAUCGACGAAUCCGACCGCCAAAUCGCCGACCUCAGCCCCGACAUCGACGACGACUGCGACCAAUGUAGAUACCAUCAACUUCUAUCCGCCGGCCAACUACGGGACUAGUCAACGGAUCUCCACGGACAAAUCCAAACGGACAUGGGGCCAACGUCUUAAGCUAACCAAACCGGCCAGCGAAAAGAUAAGCAGCUCAUCUUCCCAAAUCAGCACCAGUUCGUCCAGUCAAACCUCUCCAUCCAAGCUAUCCAACCAAUCAAAUCAUCCUCUUCCUCCUCCUCAACGGUUACCCUCGAAGUGCUCGAUUACUCCGAAAUCCAGCAGCACCACGUCCAGCAGCAAGUCCGCUUUCACCCCGCUGCUGCCAAUGCCCCUUCCCCUUUGCGCUGGCAACGCACUCGAUGAAGUAUGCCGAAUCGACCUGGGUGUACGGCACGAUGCGUGGAAUGCCGCCGCCAAUGGCGGUUGGAAUGCCACCGAUGCCGCAUCCCGGGCACCCUCUCUCACACCAUCAUGCGGCCGCAGCAACGGCGAUGGUUCAUCAUCCGGCCGGAAUGUUUUACUCGAUGCCCGGCCCGGGACCAGAGGUAGCGGUCGUCAUCUGCUGCUGUCCGGAGUACCUGAAUGGAACCAAAAGAGACGUGAAGAAGGCGAGCGUCUGCAAGAAGUGCAAGGGGUCGAGGCUACCGUUGGCCCCGAUCGGAGGAACCAUGAGGCUGACUUCAGGAGCGACCUUCCUGGCACCGCCGGCAAGAGCUGGAGGAACGAUUAAGUUGGCGUCCACGUACGGGAAGAAGUCGCGGCCAUCGAUACUGGGCAGCAGUGGCGAUCCGUACGACUUUAUGCGAAGGUCGAGACUGAGUCAGCCUGAACAAGCAAGCAAAUCUGUGAAGACUAGCAUUAAGGAGAAGCUAAGGGGACGAGCCAAAAGUACGAGUCCAUCGAAGGGGAGGAGUAGAUCGGAUAAGAGGGCGGUUUCGCCUACGGGGAGUAAGAGCAGCGGAAGCAGAAGUUUGAGUGCGAGUCGAGGCGGUAACAAUAAGGGAUUCAAGGACUGCUGGGUUGAACCCGAGGAGAUUCCCUUGGUCGAUGUGGAAGAUUCUGCAGCUGCUCGACGAUCGAUAUUACGGUGUGAUAUUAAUCCGUAUGAUUUGAUUUCGCUGAGUAGCGGGUUGAAUAAUGAGUUUUCACCGACAAGCGGGACAGAAGAUUACGACCUGUCGGAGCAUUCGCAGAAGUAUGAAAAUCUACUGGAUACCUUGUACGCUAAUCGGUAUAAUCCGGCCAUCAACAACAUAGCAGCAAUAUCGGGCCAAAGAAUCAAAGUGUUUGACGGAGAUGCGGGACCACCUGUCUAUGACGACGUCGAUGAGUACGUGUACGAUCCGGUGGAGGUACAGCCAGACCCAAACCAAGAGAACAGAGUCGAAGUCAUUCCGGAGCGACCCCCUCGGACCAAGCACAAACACGAUUCCGCACCCAAAGAUGAAGACUGUAAGUCCCUGCCUUCCCAGAUCUCGUCCGAAGCGACACAAAGUGCAAUAAAGUCGAUUUUGAAGCGACCGGGAUCGACGGUAAGUGCUCCCACGGGUCCCCCGGAUAAACCCAGCUUCGAUACUAUACGUCUGAAUCAGACGCUGGUCCAGCGCCUUGCCAAGCUGACUUCCGAUGAAAAUGUGUUCUCGAAAACCAGCUCCGUUAGUGCCAGAAAUGCGAAGACGCCUUCCGGUAAGGAUGCAAAGCGGAACUCUGCGUCACAGUUUUACUUGCCAAGUCCGUUGAACGGAGCCGGAUCUGCAGCUGCCUUGGGAUCGCGCAAGAAGGUCCAUUUUUUAGUCGAGAACGAAGUCAUCGAUGACGACAAGUUCUUUGCUCAGUUGUUGCUGUCGGAGACCGGGAGCGGGAGAGACCCAGCCAAGCCGACGGUGACGAUAGUGGAGGUGGAGCCGGAGAAUGGAGAGGACAAGACGACUAUUGUGGCCUCGGCUAUGGACCAAACGAGUGAAUCUGUGAUCAAGAGCUUAGUGAACCAUUUGGAUAGUUUGCGGCAUCAACAGCGACAGCACGUGGCAGUGGAACAGCAGAUUGAUGAGAGUUUGACGAAUGGAAGUGCGAUGCAGGAGGAGUCGGGCAGUGGGAAGCAAGAACCGAACGGCGAAGCGGUGAAGGCCGAUAAUGGAGCUGUAAAUGGCACCCUUGUCAACGGAUCUAGCAGUGACGGCAAUUCCGACGGAGAUCUGUCACCAUGGAGUGUUCGUCGCCGAACCGGUCCACUUCGGCGCAGCUUCAGCGAACGCUCCUCGCCACCACGCGUCACCUCUUUCAACGGUACCAGCGAUCUCCAGCAGCGACAGAAGUCGAACUUUCUCGACACGAUGGCACUGCGAGGGAAGCACACUCGAGCAGACGCUAGGGCAGUAUUUGACGAAGAAACACUGUCUUCAUCGUCGUACAGCUCGUCCACCGGGAGCUCAAGUGGGACUCUAACCAACGGAAGGAUGCGGCCACGAGUCCCUCCGCCACCACCGCCUCCAGCCAGUUCAACUGGAUCAUCCUCCCCGGACCAGCAAUCAAUUAUCAGCAGUGAAACCGAGACUCUAGCAAAAAACGGAAACAAGUCCUCCGAUCAAGAUGACUCCAAUGUGUACGAGGAUUUUUGCUUUGACCUGAGCUCCGGAUCGGAACGAAGCAGCGGACGGAGCUCAACCGCCUCGAGGACCGUAGUUCAGGUUUCAACCCCUAUCCCGACCACCUUCAGUAAGGAUGCCGUCCACCGACUGGAGAUUCGCCAUGAGGACGAAGACAGCAGCUACGAAUCGAUGGGCCAGAAGAAGACCUCAAUCAUGAUCACCGGAGACGAUUGCUACUCCACGGUCAACGUGGACGACGACAACGAGACACCUCUGUACCAAUCAUCCGUAGUCGUUAACGACGUGUUUCUCUCACCCGGCAUCCUUCAAACGUCAUUCAACACGGUUACGAUCAGCGUCAACUCGCCAACAUCCACCCUCCAACACCCUCGCAACAAGCGAUCCGAUCAGGACGAACUGAUCUCCAUCAACAACCAAAAGAACACCUUUCUCAACGGGUCCAACUCGACCUCAAUCAUCCCGAUCGGUGGAUCCACAUCCGUAACGGUUAUGACCCCACCCGAAACAUCCGAACCAACGACUCCCAUCAAGUCCACCGGCAAAACCCUCAUCAGCCUAGACUUUGAUCGAAAAAUGUCCAGCAUGCGCGACUCCACCGGCCCGGAAAGCUCCGUCGACGACGAACCAGAGACCCAACCAUCAUCACCAGCUUCGAUCCCAUCCAACGCAAAAGACACGAUUUCGAUAGUUCCUAACGAAGAAAAUUCCAAAGAUAGUAGCGAUAGUUUCGAGAUGCUCCUGCGUAAUCCGGUCGAAGCGGUCAAGCGCAAUCUGGUCCCACAUUUCUGCGGUAAAGUCAAGGAGAGCCAAGGGGGUGAUGUUGUUUCGGCUGAUGGGAUGAAUGGCGAUGGGGCGGUUGUAGUUCGCCGACAGAAGAAUCCCGAUGUACAUUUGAAGGCCCAGCGGAAUAGUUUUAUAGCGAAGCUGCUGGAAGAUCCGAUGCUGGGCCAUUUGGCUGAAGGGCUGGACUAUGAACUGGUGGCCAAGCUGAUAGAGAACUCGUUACUGCGGUUGAAGGAAAGUCGAAACCAACUGGACAUGAGCGGAACCAAAGACCAGGAUGAUGUGUCGAAGAUGAUCGAGGAGUCAUUGAUGAUGAUACAGGAGGAGCGAAGCAAAUUGGAGGCCAAGAAGGUGGAGAAGGACAGCAAACGAAGUAGUAUCAGUUCGGGGAACAGUUAUGGAUCGGCGGCGUAUGAAUUGAUGGAAUUCGAUGCAACUGGGGAUUUGAGUGAUUGCUAUCAGAGCUGUUCGAGUGAUCUGACUGUGGAUGAUGAUGCAAAUUCGUCGCGGAGUAAGUUCUACCAGAUGCUGGUGGACGCUACGCUAAGCGAGAUCGAGAUUAGUACGGCAAAUGAUGAUGAUCAUCAUUACGAAUCUAUUAGGUUGAACAGCGAUCCGAUAUACGAGGAAAUCAGUGAUAUCCCUCCUCCUCUACCGUUGACGGCUCCACCGAUGGUCGACGAUAUUGAUCGUGAAAAGCGGAACGCGCGAUCGAUCUUCGAAGGAGCAUCCAAGUACGACAUCCUAUCGUAUCUGGUCGACGCUAAAGAGCGUGGAAUCGCUCAAGAGGAGGCGUACAGCUUCCAAUUCGGUAACGCCAGUGACAUCAUCCUAGAAGAGGAAGAAGACGAGAACAUCACCGAUCUACGGCAUCAUCAGCGACAGAUCUCCGAUAUCAGCAGCCGUCUGUCGCACAUCUCCAACAUCAGCGACUCCAGUGAAGACACCUCGCUCCUAUCGACGAAUCUCGCCCAGCGCAAGGCUUCCGAGAUUGAGCGGAACGAUUCCGGAGUGGGAUCGGAAACGAGUAAGACCUCACGCAGUAAGUGGCAGCACCCUUCGUCCUCCCUCAUGGACAAGAUCAGUCCGAUUCACCUCUGCGAAGACUGCGACGGCCCGGUAGAAACUCAGAUCACCGAAUCCGGAGUCAUGUAUGCUCCCCUCGUAUGCAGGAAGUGCGGUAAGAAGCGAGCCGAGCGUAAGGAGAUCAUCACCGAAAUAGUCGAAACGGAGGAGAAGUACGGACGCGAUCUGCAGAUCAUCCUGGAGGAGUUCUACCAGCCGAUGCUGGUGGCUGGACUGCUGAACCAAGACCAACUCUCUGCAAUCUUUUUGAACGUGGAAGAAUUGCUCGAGAACAAUCAAUUUCUGGCGGAGCGGAUGCGAGACGCACUGGACAUCGCUACGGAACAGGGCGACGAAGAUCUACUGACGGUCAACGUGGGGAAGGUGUUUCUGGAAGCUGCCCCGAUGCUGCACGCUUUUGAGAGUUACUGCGUGCGGCAAGGAGGAGCCAGCUUGCUGUUGGCUAACCUUGAGAAGGAGAAGGAGUUGUUGAGGAUCUUUCUGAGGGUGUCGCAGAUGGAGAACGCCGUGUUGAGACGGAUGAAUCUGAACUCGUUUUUGAUGGUCCCCGUUCAACGAGUCACGAAGUAUCCCCUUUUGCUUGCCCGACUGUACAAAGUAACACCGACGCAUCUGGAAGGUAAAGAACAGCUGAAACAGGCGCAGGAAAAGAUCGAACUGCAUCUGAAUCACAUGAAUCGGGAAGCCAAGGACGUUCCGACGAAACUCUGGCGAAGGAUCUCGUCAUCCAAUCCGGGAGGUCGACGGUUAUCUUGUGAACUCGAUAUGAUCAACAUCAAGUUGAGGAAGAUGGCAAUAGAUGUUCUGGAGUGGAAUACGGAAGAGGUUCGAUUCGCCAUCGAGGGAAGGCUACUGUUCACGCAGCCGAACGAUGGAAACUGGAAGAAGAGCCGUACCAUCAAGCUGACCUCGAUCAACGCUCUGCUGGUGACCAAUGGAAAGCCAAGUUCUAGCUACAAACCGGAUCGAGCUUCCUCCGAGCUGCUCAACUUCCCGCGCCACACCGGCAUCAGAGAAGCGUCACUCCUUCUAGUUCGCGAGAAGAAUGGCCGCUACACUCUGCUGCGUGAGCCCCUCUACCUAGACCGUUGCGUUGUUUGCACCGAGAACGACUGGGAAGACUACUUCGAAGUGCAGGAAAUUCUCUCAAAGGAAUCGUUCAUUUUCAAGGCUGAAGACGGUAGCAAAACCAAGCAAUGGUACAGUCAGUUGCAGUACCAUUCGCAGGGCAUGGGAACCUGGCGAAAGCGUCGAAAUGCACUGGCAAACAUCAUGAUUAAUGGAAUGAUGACACGAACGUAGUUAUGGGGGAAGACGUCGUAUCCCAAGCGUAGUGAAAAUGCCUUAUUCCAGAAUGGACGUUUUAGAAGGGAGUCCUUACUUUGACGCACCGUCCGGAGCAACAAUGGAGUAAUCCCGAAAAAGAGGAUAACGUAGAACGAUGCUAAUAAAUUUCUUCCUUUUAUGUCGUUUUUCCGCCACGCUAUUUCACCGUAUCUAUCCGGCAGGUUUUUAACACUUUGUGUUUGUAUGUAGCAAAUGCCUGCCCAUUGUGUUUAAGCCCGAUAGUUAGUUCUGCCUGUCAGUAUAGGUUUUGUUGCUUUUGACUCUUUGCUUGCAAUGUUUUCCCAGCGUUUUAUUUUCUUUGUAGAUUUUAUAACCUGUAUUUAUGAUCGUUUAAACUUUAACUAGGAAGCUGAUAAGAUGGGCUCGUCGAAGAAAAUUUAAACUAUGUACAGAAAGUGUUGACUAUUUUAGGAUCCAAAUUAAGGGAGCAAACAACAAUAUUUAUUUAGAAAGUCUCCUUCUCAAGAAUAAUGAAAAUCAAUAAAUGAGGUAUCCGAAAUUCGACUAGAGUAGCAAGCGACAAUUAGUGAGUAGUAUUUAAAUUAUGAUUCCAAUGUUUUAAUGCGAUGUUGUUCUUAAAAAAGCUUGUUUUCUUUGCAUCAGUGAAAGUUAUUUUAUUUUGCAAUUUUGGAAAAGUCUACGAAUUGAAUAUACCCCACUAUAAAGUAUUCAGACGAGAAAUAUGAAAUAUUUGCCCUCGAACAAGAACUAGGUUUUAACUAAGUGAAAUUCUUAUCUAACAGAAGAAAUCAAAUCACGGAAACUUAGGUUUUACUAGAAGCUCUAACAAUAAAGAAUUGCAAUCGAUAUGUAUGUAAUAAAUUUAUCGGAAAUCAAAUAAAAAUCUUCAAAAUGUGUAG